AGACAGGUACACCUCUCGCUUUUUGCUGCCUACAAACAACGUAAGGAACCUGUCCGUUAUCAACUUAUGUUUGAUUUAGAGCAGGUUUUCACCUGUCGCUGACUCUUUUUAACACUGUGACUGUAAAGCCUGAUUUAACAGGUAGCUGACGCUCGUUGCCAGGUGUGGUCAUUCAUUCAGGUACGUCUUCGCUUAGUUAUCAGAGCUAACUUUAUUUUUCAAGGAUGCAGGUGAAGAGAGUCGUCCUCAACUCAAGACCAGGUAAAACUGGUGUGCCAGUUCCUGAAAAUUUCCGUGUGGAUGAGGUGACUUUGGCAACUGACCUGAAGGAUGGAGAGGUCCUUGUUCGGACACUUUACCUCUCAGUCGACCCUUACAUGCGGUGCAGAAUGAAUGAAGAGACUGGUUUUGAGGAAAUGACUCCGUGGCAGCUGUCUGAGUGUGCGGAUGGUGGGGCCGUAUGUGUGGUUCAGUCCAGCCGCUGCAGCACUUACAGUGAGGGAGAUGUGGUGGUUGCAUUCAACUGUCCUUGGCAGACCCAUGCUGUUUUAAAAGAAAGUGACUUACAGAAGGUUGAAGCAGAGUUAGUUGACGGACACUUGUCCUACUAUUUGGGUGCAGUUGGUAUGACAGGGCUCGCUGCACUGUUGGGCAUCAGGGAGAAGGGUCAUGUGAGCGAAGGGGCCAAUCAGACCAUGGUGGUAAGCGGCGCAGCUGGGGCCUGUGGAUCCAUGGCUGGACAGAUUGCCCGGCUGGAAGGUUGUGUGAGAGUGGUUGGGAUUUGUGGCUCUGAUGAGAAGUGCAAAGCGUUAGUGGACGACCUGGGCUUCUCUGCAGCCAUCAACUACCGCACAGAGGACGUCUCUGCAAAGCUGAAGGAGUGCUGCCCUGAUGGGAUAGAUGUUUACUUUGACAACGUGGGAGGUGACAUCAGUGAUGCUGUCAUCACACAGAUGAACAAGGACAGCCAUGUGAUCCUGUGUGGGCAGAUCUCACAGUACAACAAGGACGUGAAGUAUCCUCCACCCCUGAGCGAGAAGACACAGGAAACCCUGCAGAAGAAGAACAUCACCCGGGAGGAAUUCACAGCACUUAGCUACAUGGACAAAAUAGACCCUUCCCUCUAUGAGCUCAGCCAGGGAGUUAGAUCAGGCCACGUCAAGGUGCUGGAAACUGUAGUGAACGGCAUUGAAAAGAUGGGAGAUGCAUUUUGCUCUAUGAUGAAAGGUGGCAACGUUGGCAAGCAAGUUGUAAAGAUAUCAGAGUGAGGAGAAUCACUGGAGCUGCUCUCACCAGACAGAGGCCUCGGGGAAUUAACCUACAGCUGCCUGCCUGUAUACGAGCUCCGUCACUAUAUGUAACUUAUUGAGCUCUGGGGAAAAUAUUGCAUCAGUUAGCUGAUGCCUGUUGAUGAACCAUGAGUGGAAAGUCACGCAAUGUCCUGUGAAACUGUGUUCUUUAGAAGAAUAAAAUGAAAUGUAAAAUUUUAAUACUUUUUAAAAGACUUUGGAAAUUGGUGCAGCAGUUUAAUAAAAGUAGAAAAUUGCAA